AUGUCCUCCUGGAUAUUGUUGCCAGUUGCCCUGAUGAUGCUCUGCUCCAGCACCCUCUGCUCUCUGGACUGUGACCUGACUCAAGGCCUGAAGGCAGACUUCUCACUUCUGCACCAAAUGAGCACAUUUUCCCUGGUGCCGUGUUGGAAGGACAGGACCAACUUCCACUUCCCAAAGGAAGCCAUGGAAGGUAGCCAACUCCAGAGGGAAAAUGGCACAGUCAUUCUUCAUGAGAUGCUCCAGCACACCUUCACCAUCUUUAGGCAGAAUAGCACUCCUAAGACUUGGAAUCAGACCCAGCUCAGGCGGUUGCUCAUGGGACUGCAUCGGCAGCUGGAACAGCUAGAGAGGUGUGUUGGGCAGGAUAUGCAAUGGGAAGAGCCUUCCUUGGGCAAUCAGAACCCUAGCUUGGCCCUGGAGAGCUACUUCCAAGGAAUAAGCCAGUACCUACAAGCUAAAGAAUACAGCCACUGUGCCUGGGAGAUUGUGAGAGUAGAGAGCAGGAAGCUCCUUCUGUUUAUGAACAAACUAUAUUCUCAGGAAUUGAGGAAGAAAAAAAUUGAUUUUCAGUUCUUCAAAUAA